AAAGGGGCCCUCGGGCGUCCUUCUCCCCCUUCGCUCUCCCUAACUUGACGCACCCGCCCUCCCCUUCCUCCCUGACACUCCCACCACCCCCCCUCGACUCAGCGGCUCGGCGCGGUGCUGCAGAAGAUGCGCUGAGCCCUUCUGGAUCUAAUGCGCAGAGGAGGCUGGCCCAGCGCUCCCGGGCUCCCCCAAGGCUGAACUUAGUCCAAGGUGCCCGCAGGCUCCCUGCCCGCCUUCCUCAUGCCAGCCCGCAGCUAGGGGCAGGGGCAGCGGCGGUGGCUGGGGCCGGGGGUGGGUGGGGAGCUGCGGGGACUGGUCGGGUCGCGCCUUGGCUAUGGAAGGCUCCAAUGGCUUUGGGAUCGACUCCAUCCUCUCCCACCGUGCGGGCAGCCCCGCCCUUCCCAAGGGGGACCCCUUGCUCGGGGACUGCGGGUCGCCCCUGGAGCUGAGUCCGCGCUCCGAGAGCAGCAGCGACUGCUCCUCGCCAGCCUCGCCUGGACGGGACUGUUUGGAGACCGGCGCCCCACGGCCUGGCGCAGCCCCGGGCCCCGGUUUGGACUCCCACCUGCAGCAGGGGCAGCUCUCGGCGCCGGCCCAGUCGCGCACCGUCACCUCCUCCUUUCUGAUCCGGGACAUUCUUGCCGAUUGCAAGCCACUCGCGGCCUGCGCACCCUACUCCAGCAGCGGGCAGCCGGCAGCCCCCGAGCCUGGCGGACGCCUUGCAGCCAAGGCAGGGGAGGACUUCAGAGACAAGCUGGACAAGGGUGGCAGCAAUGCGUCGUCCGACUCUGAAUAUAAAGUGAAGGAGGAGGGCGACCGCGAGAUCUCCAGCUCCCGGGACAGUCCCCCCGUGCGCCUGAAGAAGCCCCGAAAGGCGCGCACGGCCUUUACCGACCAUCAGCUGGCACAGCUGGAGCGCAGCUUCGAGCGGCAGAAGUACCUGAGCGUGCAGGACCGCAUGGAGCUCGCCGCCUCGCUCAACCUCACCGACACCCAGGUCAAGACCUGGUACCAGAACCGCAGGACUAAGUGGAAGCGACAGACAGCCGUCGGCCUGGAGCUGCUGGCAGAAGCGGGCAAUUACUCUGCGCUCCAGCGGAUGUUCCCGUCGCCUUAUUUCUACCCGCAGAGUCUGGUUUCCAACCUGGACCCGGGAGCCGCGCUCUACCUGUACCGCGGCCCCAGCGCUCCGCCGCCCGCGCUCCAGAGGCCCCUCGUGCCCCGCAUCCUCAUCCACGGACUCCAGGGCGCCAGUGAGCCGCCCCCGCCGCUGCCCCCGUUGGCCGGCGUCCUCCCGCGCGCCGCGCAGCCUCGGUGAGGCGCCCGCCCGCCCC